CUGGCGAAAUUACUAGGGUGCACUCAGCGCAGUAGGGCCUUAGAGGCCAGCCGGACGCGCCAUGACCGCAGGGAGUGCGUGUGGCUGGGCCGCGGGGGUCCUCGGCGUGGUCUGCCUGGCGCUCCAGUUCGACUCCAUCAGCUGUCAUUUCCCGAUGUUUGGAACUGUGAACCAGAGCGUAACUUUCCCUGUAUCAAACUCUGUACCCUUUACAGAGAUUAUGUGGACAAAAAAUAGGGAUAAAGUCCUUGAAUGGGAAGCAGGCUCUUCCGUCAGAGUUUUCCCACCUUUUGUAGGCAGAGUUCAUUUAGACACCACAUCAGGAAGCCUUACCAUCUUCAACCUAACAUAUUCGGAUGAGGCGGACUAUAAACUGGAUUCUUUGAGCAGUGGCGACAUUUUGUUCACUCUGAAGGUGAUUGAUCCUCUUCCGUCUCCAACACUAAAUUGCACCUUGGCUGCUGAAGACAUUACAGUCAAUUGCAGGAUCCCAGAGUCUUACAAUUUCAUACAACAUUUAAACUAUUCAUGGAACUGCUUUCCGGCACUGUGUAAAAAUGGCUCGAAUAUGUCUGAAGUGGUGAUUAAGAGGAACAAUGAUCUCUCGCAGGAAAUACGCUGUACUGUUAACAGUCCGUUGUCCAAACAGACAUCCUUGCUUGUCUUAGCAACCUGUGUCCCAGCUGAGAAUUCAAGGAGCAGGUUUGCAAUUAUACCAGCAGUAGUCAUACCCCUAGUAGCAGGAGUAAUUUUUUUGGCUGUUCAAAAGAGGUUUUCUGCAAUGUGGCAGAGAAACAGAGAGAACCGACCCCAGUUGACCGGUGCUUCAAGAUGAUCAAAUGUAUAGUGACUAAGUUAUUUAAAUAAUGGAAUCAAAAGCCAUCUGAUUUGCUGUUCAAGUAUUCUGUCAUCUUCAAGGACAUUUUGGAACUCUAAUCUGAAGUGACCCUCCACUAGAAGAGUUUUUUUGGAAGAAAUAUCAACUAUUAACCAGAACUAAUAUCUACCCUAUCCCUACUCUGGUCUCCAACUACAUACUGUAAAUAGUUUUUGAUUCUCAGUUUCUUACUGCUAAUUUUCUAUCAGAUAUACACAUGUAAAUAUGUAAAUAUACCCUAAAUGGUA